AUGGCUACUGAACUUUGUCCCGUCUAUGCUCCCUUCUUCGGUGCGCUGGGUUGCACCUCAGCCAUCGUAUUCACCUGCUUCGGAGCUGCCUAUGGAACUGCCAAGGCUGGUGUCGGUGUUUGCGGCAUGGCCGUCCUCAGACCUGACCUGAUCGUCAAGAACAUUGUCCCCAUCGUCAUGGCGGGUAUCAUUGGUAUUUACGGAUUGGUCGUGUCCGUCCUUAUCGCCAACGAUCUGAACCAGAAGGUACCUCUCUACACCGGAUUCAUUCAGCUGGGAGCUGGUCUCGCUGUCGGGCUGGCCGGUCUGGCUGCUGGUUUCGCCAUCGGUAUUGUGGGUGAUGCUGGUGUCCGUGGAACUGCUCAACAGCCCCGUCUUUACGUUGGAAUGAUUUUGAUUCUCAUUUUUGCUGAAGUCUUGGGUCUGUACGGUCUUAUCGUCGCCCUUCUUAUGAACUCCCGCUCGAGAAUCGACGCCGUCUGCUAA